AAUAAUAACAAAAUUAUAUUAUGCUUUUAAAUGUUUGCAAAAUUUGUCCGCACAUAUGGUGUUAUUCAUAAAUAAAACAUAAGUGUUUAAUGAUAGCUAUUCAUAUAAACAAGUAUUUAACUUUCCUCUCUGGGUGGGCACAAUCGUUCUUCUCAAGCAGCACCCUAAUACAGAUUUUAUUAUGGAUUGAUCAAAAAAAUAUAAAUGUAAAAGUUUAAUGGAAAAUUUUGCUACAUCAUAUUCUUAAGCGUGAUUUUUCGUUCGUACCGCACUCUGUCAAUAUGUCAAGUGUUUUGAAAAACAUUUUAGAUGUUAAUAAGGAACAAGAGUUACUUCAAAGUUUUAUAAGAAUCGGAAUAACUACAGAUGAAGAGUCAAUAGAUGAAUCUACACGCAAACUAGGUCAGGGCCGAUACCAUUCUUUGUCCCGUACUAGUCAUUCUUUAAAUAAGCGAAGCGCCUCUAACGCUAUUCCAGGUGUCCGAAAUUUAAUUAUCAGUCGUAAGACAGUCAAAUUUGCUGAUGAUGGAGAAAAGAGUGGAGUUGUUGGUCGUGGAAACCGUAUAGAAGCGGAAUUGCGCGCGGCGCGUAGAAAAACUGAGGAUCAAUUAUUAAAAAAGAAGCCAAAAGAAAAUUUUGUAGACUUCUACACUGAUAAAGAUAGAGCAGCAGCUGUAAGCGCCGGCACUUACGACAUUAAACAAAGCUUGCAAAUAAAACAUAAACAAGAUCGCAAUGAAAUCAUGCAAAUACCGGAUGAGGCAGACAUUAACUCCAUUAUAGCAUUGGGAUUGAAAGAAAUUAAAAAUGCCAAUCCAGAAAAUGCUGUGUAUUUCUUUUCACAGGCACUCGAAUUAAAUGGCACUGAUAUAAAUGCGCUGGUUUCUCGAAGUAAAUGUUACCUUUUAUUAGGGGAGCCAUCAAAGGCAUUAAAGGAUUCAGAAACUGCGCUUACUGAAGAUAAAAAUAACAUUCGAGCCAUCUUUCAAAAAGCAGAAUCCCUUUAUUUUCUCGGUCAAUUCGAGCAGAGUUUAAUGUUCUUUCAUCAAGGAUUGCGCGCUCGCCCUGAGUUGUCUUCCUUUCGAUUGGGUGUUCAAAAAACACAAGAAGCCAUUGAGAAUACUAUAGGAACUAGUAAAUGUUCGUCGCUCAAUAUUGCACUCAAGUCAGCCGAUAAAAAGAUUUCCACUAAAUAUAAGAUCAAUAAACAAUCCCAAAACAAUCCGCAACAUUCGAAUCGAUUGAAAUUAUCCCGAACUGAAAUUGAACGUCAUACCGCACGCAAAUUGUUAGGUGAAUUAUGUGUUGAUAAAGAGUAUUUAGAAAAACUGUUAAAACACCCCGAUUUAGUUCGUGCCGAUACAAACUCAGAGAAUAUUUCCAAUCAUGCAAAUGAAGCUGUUAACUUUUUAAAAAAACGACAAGAAUUUUGGCGACAACAACGACCUUGUACAUCACUUCCAAAUUAUAAAAACCUCCCUCAAGAACCUUUACCAGACUGGUUUUAGAACCAAUUUAUAUAAGCGAAUUACCAUCCACCAUCUCUCUAAGAAUGUUGCAUAAUGUCAUAUAAACCACAUAAAUUAUCUUGAAUUUUAAGAAAUUAACGUUUACAAGAAAUAAAUGUUAUUAUAGUGUCUUGAUUUAUUAUAGUUUUAUUUAUAUUUAUAUGUAUUUUUACAAUGUAACAUUUAUAUGUAUUGUAAUUAACUUUUCCAAAUGUACAUGGGCUUUCGCCUAUAAUUAUGUAAUUAUAAAUUUCAACAGAGGACAAGUAAUUGUUUUAUAUGGCAUUACAAUGCACAAAUAAUAUGAUAAUUUAAGCCUCCGAGCUCUAUGUCCGCAUACUUAAAUCUAUAGUUAUAGGUAGUGGAUUUUACUAGCAGCAAUACUUGCACGUUCACUUUGCUAAUAUUUAUUUAUACUAUAAAAUAUUUUUAACAAUAUCAACUUAACCACAUGUGUUUUAAUUAAACUUGAGUUAUUUAUUUAGCUUAGCUGAAUUGAAUUUUAUUUUAUAUAACAAUUAAUCAAACUUAGUACAAAUAUAUCUAAUUUCAUUCAAUUAAAUUGUAUUUUUAUUGUGUUAUUCCAUUUGUUAAUAUUAUUGUUUAUACUUUUUUAAAUUGUUAUUGAGCUUCUUUGACUAGUUUUAGCUUAACUGGAUCUAGACUAAGCUUUUGGAUAGAGCGAGUUCGUACCAUUUUAAUUGUAUUACGGAAUGUAUGAUUUCCUAUUCCAGUAUUUUUCUAAUAAAGAAAAUUCAAAGUUAAUACAGUUGAUAUAAAUCAUAAUGUUUAUGUUUAUACACCCAAUAUAGUCACUCUAGCAACACCACUUGAAAAAUAUGAAUUUUUCGAUUUAAACACAUUAUUCGUACAUAUCUAAAUGUACAUAGUAUACAAUAAUAAUAAGCUUGCAAUAAACUUUUUCAUUUCAAUUGAUUGUAAAUGUUGACUAAGAUAAUUGGGAAAUAAAUGCCUACUAAUAAUGCGAAUAUCAUAUUUUAUUAUUUUAAUUUAUAUAUAGCGUAAAAGUAUUCUUCCUUUCAAAUUUUUUCUUUGCGAAGAAAUACAAAACACAGCAGAUUCUAAUAGAAUAUAGGUUCUAAUAGAAGUUGGCGAUAUAACAUUUUUUAAUUAUUUAUAUUAUUGAAGUAAGUUUAUUUAUUUAUGCCUCAUUGCUAGUAUUUCAGUUUUGGAUAUUUCAAAUUCGCUACAAUCAAUACGGUAAUGAGUAGAAUUUGUACUUCCCACACCCGCGCAUUUAGUACCUGACAAAAAUAUGAAUAAUAAUUACUUAUUAACAGCAGGUAAAUAUUUUAACUGUUCAGUUUUUAAAAAUUUAUCUAAAAUGCAAUAUAAAACUAUAAUGAAAACAUGUAGUUUAACAUAUAUAGGAAACACCGAAAAUGAUUAUACAACGUUAAGAACGUUUAGAAGGCCCAAAUAAAGUCCGCGCUUGAAAAGGAAUAAUUCAACAACAGGCCGUUGUAAAACUUCUUACAGAAGUACAAAUAUGGCUGGCCUAGCCACAGUAUAUUUUUGAUAUUUCAUAUUUUCUUUAUUUAUUUAACAUUUUAACA